UAGUUCGACGUCACGACGCUCGAUUGUUUUGGACUGCAUACAAGAUGGCUGCCGACUCGUUGUACUAAAAAAAGUAUCCCCAUCGGUUUUCUUACAUAAAACAAUUUUACAGGUUUACUGUUAGAAAUGGGUUUAUCGCAGAGUUCAGAGGUAUCUGAAGGAGGGACGUAUGGAUACCAUGUUCACGGUGUGCAGCCAAAUUCACCAGCAGAAAAAGCUGGACUUCAACCAUACUUCGACUUUAUUUUGUCUCUGGACAAUAAAAGACUAAAUGAAGAGAAUGAGCUCUUAAAAGAAGUACUAAAAGACAACAUGGAACGACCUAUAAGAAUGGAAGUGUACAGCACAAAAACCAUGAGAGUUCGUGAGGUUGAAGUGGUGCCCAGUAACAUGUGGGGAGGACAAGGUCUGCUCGGAGCCAGCGUCCGUUUCUGUAGUUACCAAGGAGCCAAUGAGAAUGUCUGGCAUGUCCUGGAUAUAGAAGCCAGUUCACCGGCUGCUUUGGCAGGACUUCAGCCUUAUAAUGACUACAUCAUUGGAGCUGAUCAGGUUUUACAAGAUUCAGAAGACUUCUUCUCACUGAUUGAGGCCCAUGAAGGAAAGGCAUUAAAACUGAUGGUAUACAACACACAAACUGACACAUGCAGAGAAGUGGUGGUAACGCCUAAUGGUGCAUGGGGUGGGGAGGGCAGUCUGGGUUGUGGAAUAGGUUAUGGCUACUUGCAUCGAAUCCCUGUACAGGAUGAUGCACUAACACCGAAACUUCCAACCCCUACCAGUGUUCCUGAAGAGACACCAAGUCCAAAGGAAUCAAAUCAUGGAUACACAGAGACACCAUUGAUGGCCCCCUCCACCCCAAGUGAAGAUAUAUUGGAUCUAGAGCAGGUCUCUCUGCAGACAGAGCCUCUUCCUCCACCCAUCCAGAGAGUCAUGGACCCUGGCUUUUCUGAUACCUAUGCAUCAGAGUUGUCUCCAGAUCCUGCAGAUUUGUUAGACAAGAUUGAUUUGUCUGUGUCUUCCAUUGAUAUGACAAACACCUCUCUUGCUAUGCAUGAGGAAAAGGACAGUGAAAUAUCUGGAGUGGAGGAGCUUGAUGACAGUGAAUUGAUCCAAAAUGCCCCAGAGUUGAGUCCUCAGGCUGCGAUGGAUCUCACUGCUGCUCUUUCCUUCAAUGGCUUAGAUUCUGUUGCUCCACCGUCUGAAUCCUCAGGCCUCUUCUCAGAGUCCACAGAGCUGUCUGGUUCUCUCUUCGAGGCAUCUGAUGUUGCACUCUGCCCCACCCCAGAAUCACUUGAACGUCCCACUGCACCCCUCACUGAAACUGAAGACCCCCCGAGUGUAUCCCCUGUGGACCUCAUUCCAGCCCCAGCUGUGGAGAGAGCUGCUACAGAUGUUUCUGUGUCUCAGGUAGAUGACGAUACAGAGGAGCCUCCCAACUUAAUCAGUGAGGUGUCUUCAGAGCCAGUGACGCAUAGUGAACUAGAAGAAUGUGCCCUUGAGUAAGUUUGCAUCAGGUCAAAGGCUAAAGAUUAGCCAAUUUUUGGUAUUUUUGUAUGACAGGCCAAGGAAAUGUACAGGUAACAUUUAAUUACAUUUUAGUCUUAGUUUUACAGACGACAAGUAAUAUUUGUUUGAGUAAAAACACUGAAGUAACCUCUUCUAUACAAGUUACUGCCAGUUUAGGUCAAGAUCCAAUUGACUGUAAUUUGUUUAAUUAAGUACUAACAUGUGUGCCACUGCAAUGCUAAGCUUUAUUUGUGACAAAACAUUAUAAUUAUUUUUGAAACACUAAAGAGAACAAGACUUGAAGGUUUCCAAAGAUGCAUUGACGUAACUACAAUGCACAGUUGCACCUUAAUGUACAAAUCCUUUUCAAGGGGUUGUUUCUCACGGUGCACAUGAUGAUUUUCUAUCUAAAAACAUAGAGUAAUUUGUUUACAAAGAAGCAAUUUAUCAUUCAUAACUUGUUUAAGAUUUUAUAAUUUUUAAAUUAUGUCCCAGCAUUACUUUUAAAUAUACUGCUGUUUACUAUGCAACAGUACUGGAAGAAUGAAAGUUUUAUGUCAAAACAAUAGUAGAGGCAUUUUUAUAUGACAUUUGUUAAUGUAUUAAAUCUGUGCUGUUUUAGUGGGGAUAAAGGGGAUUGGUGUUUUGAUGAAGUAGGUGCUAAUUUGUAAAACAAUAAGAAAUAUUUUUGCAUAUAUUUUAUCAAUGAAUUAUGUGUUUUAUUAGGAAUUAAUGCAGAAAUGUUUGAUGAAUAUGACAGGAGUAAAUCUUCGAUGGUUAAACUAUCAUUUCAAAUAAGGUUAUCUCUUGCUUUUCUUUUCUCAUACCAAUCAACUCUGUACAAUUUAAGAAACCAGUUUAAUGUCCAUAAAAUCUGUACUUGUUAAACCA